AUGUCGUCGAAUGUCGGUCUUAAUACUCCUCGAGGCUCCGGUACAUCCGGCUACGUGCAGCGCAACUCGGCGAACCUCAAACCCCGCGACAACGCCCAGCCAUACCCCAAAGACAUCGACUCGAUACAAUACCGCCAGCGUCAACCCGACCAGGAGAUCCUCGAGCACGAUCGGAAGAGGGAGAUUGAGGUGAAAGUGUUCGAGCUGCGGGACAAGUUGGAGGACGAAGGAGUCGAUGAAGACGAAGUCGAUGACCAAUGCGACGCUCUACGAAAAAAGCUGGAAGGCGAACAGAGUCGCAACGGACCGAGCGCGAAGGGAUUGAAGUCACAUCAGGUACACGAGCUCGCAAGGGCCAAGAUUGAUGAGAGUGAGAAGUUGCGCAAGGCGUUGGGGAUCAGCAAGGACUAUGAGGAGGGAAGUCAUUGGAGGAAACAGGAGGAGCGAAAGCUCGAUAUGGAGCGGGAACGUGGGAAGGGUGAGAUUGGAAGGGAUAGGGAUUGA